ACCCCAUUUUACAGAGCAACAUGGUUAUUCGUUUUAGUUUUGUGCGCUUCACUGUCCGCUGCUCCUGACACAUCAAUUCAGUGCAUUUUCCAGCAGAGAUCAUUGUGAGAUCACAGAUUGGGGAGGAUGACAGCUCGAGUGUAUUGCUCGUUGAUUGCCGUUUUGUGUCUGUCUGGAUACUUGAGCAUUACAGAUGCUACUCCAGGAAAAACCACAGCAAAGCCUGGAGAGUGUCCAGCCCAAUCAUCUGGAAUAAAAUCGUGUACCACGUCCUGUAACAGUGACUCUAACUGUCCCAACAAUGAGAAGUGCUGCAGCAAUGAAUGUGGACGUUACUGUACGGCUCCAUAUAAAGUGAAGCCGGGUCACUGUCCCCAACCGAAGAUUCGAGCAUGUGCUGAAAGCUGUUUCCAUGAUGGCCAGUGUCCCGCCACACAGAAAUGUUGCCCAACCACCUGUGGCCAUGCAUGCAGUGAACCACAUGGUCCGGGAAGAGGUCCAGGAAAUGGUCGGCAAAGUGGUCAUGGUUGGGGAAUUAGUCAAGGAAGUGGUUGGGGAAGUGGUCAUGGCUGGGGAAGUGGCUGGGGAAGUGGUCAUGGUCAGGGAAGUGGUUGGGCAAGUGGUCAUGGUCAGGGAAUUAGUCAAGGAAGUGGUUGGGGAAGUGGAAGUGGUUGGGGAAGUGGCUGGGGAAGUGGUCAUGGCUGGGGAAGUGGCUGGGGAAGUAGUCAAGGAAGUGAUCAUGGUCAGGGAAGUGGCUGGGGAAGUGGUCAUGGUCAGGGAAGUGGUCAGGAAAGUGGUCAUGGUCAGGGAAGUGGUUGGGGAAGUGGCUGGGGAAGGGGUCAUGGUCAGGGAAGUGGCUGGGGAAGUGGUCAUGGUCAGGGAAGUGGUCAGGGAAGUGGUCAUGGUUGGGGAAGUGGCUGGGGAAGUAGUCAGGAAAGUGGUUGGGCAAGUGAUCAUGGUCAGGGAAGUGGCUGGGGAAAAGGUCAGGGAAGUGGUUGGGAAAGUGGUCAUGGUCGGGGAAGUGUUAAAGGUUGGUGAAGUGGUUAUUGAAACGGUCAUGGGCAUUUUGCAUAACACUUACUGGUGAUCUUUUCAAUUCAGUGCUUUUAUUCAUAAUGGCAUGUUUUCUAUGUUUGCUCAAACAGUUAAGAGAUUUUUCUGUCUCUCUCUCUCUUCUCUCCCCCACCCCCAAAAAAGUAAAAAUAAAGAAAAUUGCGAUUUGAGGAGUUGAUUGAGAGGUGUGUGUGGG